UUUGACAGCAUGGCUGACGUACAAGUGGCACCGAUCCGAACUUUAAAUGACUUUAUGAUGGAGUCGGCUCGAUUCCAGACGCCGAAUAUAAAAGACCCUGAAAAAUGGGCAAAUAGAGUAUUGAACAAUUUACUUUACUACCAGACAAAUUAUUUCUUGACAGCGAUGAUAGUCUUUUUAUUGAUCGGGAUUAUUCACCCGGUGAAAAUGGUGUGUGGAUUUGCAGCCAUAGCUGUUGCUUUUGGAGCCUUUGUUUACUGUACCAAUAGCCAGUUCACAGCCCGUCGUUUCAAGCGGGACCACCCACUCAUCAGCAUUAUUAUUGUCUUGGCCACUGGCUAUGUACUUGUCUACCUGAUUGGUGCUGUCAUUGUCUUCAUGUUCGGCAUAGCAUUCCCUUUGCUGUUAAUUCUGCUACAUGCGUCACUACGGAUGAGGAAUGUCAAGAAUAAGAUAACAAAUAAAAUGGAGUACAUAGGUCUCAAAAGGACACCCAUGGGGAUCAUCCUGGAGGGGCUUGGACAGGAACAGGAAGCUGGCUCCUAAACAGGAAGUGAAAUCCCUCGAGUGAAUCUUAACCUGUAGUUAUGACCAUUCAAUAUGGUCAUUUUAACAUUUUUCUUGUCAGUUUAUUUUAACACUUAAACAGAUUUAAUCACUACUUGUAUGUUUCUGCUUUAGUUUUCCUAGUUUACAUUGGUAAGUAACAUGAAUAUAUAACAAGGUUAAUAUGACAUCUACAUCUGUAAUCAUUUUAGUAGUGGUGCAACUAGAAAUGAUAAUGUCUAGAACUUAGAGAUUCGUUUUAACGUCUGCAAUCGUUGCGAUAUAUCUAAUAACAUUUCAUUUUCAUGUUGUCAUACUUUUCUUCGAAAAUGUUAGAUGAUUUUUAUCAAUGUGACAUGUUUUACAUAGAAAUGUUCAUCCAGUACAUAUUUCGCUUCUUUGAGUGAAUAGCUUUGCUAUAAUCUCUGAUCGUUUUCUCCUCCGUGGUACACCCACCAUUAUCUCACGAUUCUUUGUGAUGGAAGAUUUCCUUUCCUUAACAGUUAGAAGUGAUCAUGCUUUUGAAAGGUGGAUGUUUGGAAUUGGGAUAUUUAGUUCAUAUUUUAGUUGUUGCAAUGUAUAAUUACUUUUGAUUGUUAUAUUUAAUUAUUUUUAUCAAACAUGUUUUACUGAAAAAUAAUCAUCCAGCGCAGUUUGUGAUUUUUCUGUAUUAAGUGAAUUUUUCACAUGGCCUGCUAAAACUUCUAUCUCUGCUAUGAAUUUCCUCUUCUCUGAAGUAUUUAUAAGUCAUUGUCUUUGUUAAGUAAAAAAAAUUUUUUUGAAAAGGGCAGAAUAUUUUUCUCUCUUGGUGUAGCCCUACCAACCCCAUACCUGAAGCACAGGAUUGUUUUGGAACUGGCAGAAGUUGAAGGCAUGACAAAGUUACCAAUAUUUUUUAUCAUUUAUUGUGACCAUAGCUUUGUAGAAGAUAUCUUCAUGUGUAUAAGAUUUUGUAGACAUUUUACAAAUGCGGAAUGUUUCUCAUACAGAAACAUAAACAGAACUUUUAAUGUAUUACAUGUAGUAUUGGGUAAUGGGAUUUCAAGAUCAAGAGGUAUUUGGGUUGGUUUAGUGGUAACAGUUUUGUUUGUCGUGUGCGUAACACUCAGCAUGUCAUGUCAUGUUGAAAUAUUUUAAAUAUGAUAUACACAUACUUUGCGUAUUUUUUUCACCGCAAUAGUGACUCACUGGUACUAUGAAGAAAUCGAAUAUGCGCUUUUCAUGUAUACACCAUGACCAUUUUAAUUGAUGUUGAUUGAGUUUAUGUUGAAGUUAUGAAGAUAUAUUAUUAUACCAGUAUACUGAAGGAAAGAGGAUGAUGAUAUCCAGCUUAUAACAUGAUCAAGAUGAUAUGUUUUAUAGUUAGAACAGGGUGGAAGUAUUCAUAGAGAUGUUUGUGAAGACAUGAGUUUGUGGAAAAAUUGAUCCAAAGAUUGCAGUUUAGUGAUUAUUUAUAGGUAUUGAAACUUCCUUGACAUUUUUAUUUUAUAAAAUGUAUGUUAAUUAUGAAUCAGUGAUUUGAUUUAUUAUCAUGGACACGUUUUCAUAAUUACACUGUAAAUAAGUGACCAUGUUGUAACUUAAACAGUUAUUCUGGUCAUAAAUUACAAGGAACAAAUCAAAUGUAAAUAAAUCCCAAUGAAAUAAACAAUUUUUACAGAGGUCAUUGAAUUUGUAUUCCCAUAGAUGCUAGCGUUUUAUGUCUAGUACAUGUGACUUAAAGAAUUUAUAGUUUAAUUUCAUUUCAUUAUAAAAAAAAUGUCAGUGCAAUGCUUUGAUUUCGCAAUAGUACUUUGUUGUUGGAAUCUCAGAUUAAAUGGAUGCUAAAAUCAGUGCAAUUGAUCAAAGUACCUUUAUGUUUGAAUAACAGAUGAAAGUGGAUGGUUCUAUUUGUGUGUUUAGCAUCAGUUCUCAUAAAGAUGUGUUACGUAAAAAACAAAAAAACAUCAUUUAGAAAUAUUUUUUAAUAAAUUAAAAAAUUGACAUGUUUUGAACUUCUGUAAACAGUACAAGGUUUGUUACAUUUGUCUAUUUUAAUGCAGGUUGAAUGUGUUCAAAUACACAAGUAAAACUCUGCAAAGUUCCUUUGUCUAGUCAACAGUUCAAAAUGCUUUAUUGUUUUUGUUAUUUUUUUCAUGAUGCCAAAAUAGUACUUGUAUACACUAGAAAUUUAUUUAUGAAAAGCGUCUGUAUCUCGGUCUGUACUCAUGAAACCUUUUUCAUUCCCAAGCAUGGACUUUGUGCUCAAGCCUAAUUUCCUGUUCUUGUUGUAACUUGAUAAAUAAAACUUAUUUUGUCACUGAUUUGGAAAUAUUUUAAAGAGACUUAAAGCCAAAUACUGUUUUCAAUGUUUA